CGGCCCAUCUAGAGAGCCAAGCCACGAUGAGAGAGCUUCGCCUCGUAACCGCCGGGCAGCUAACCUCCCUGGAUUCUCAGGAUCUGAAGAGGCCCGCAGGGCCAGUGCGCAGAGUUGUGCUCAGAGGCACCACCAAGAUGUCUCUCAAUGAGCGUUUUGCUCAAUGGCGGAGAAACAGACUGCCACAGCCGAUGGCGGCCAACGUCCGGGCCUCGAAGAGGCGGCAGCAGCAGCUGGGCAGUGCCAGAAACAGAAGACUGGCCCUGCAGAUGGAGAGGAGACCCUCUGUCCAGGCAGCGUUAAAUCCUAGGCAGGGCUUCGAGGGGCGCCCGAGUGAGAGGAGCAUCCAAGUCCGUUUAGGAGGUCCCAUGGGUGCCCUUGCCAGGAGAGCGAAAGGAGGAAGAGGCGCAGCUAUCGCCGAGACAGAUGUGCCCCAAGGAGGAGGAGGACUAGGUGGGGGACCUGCCGCCAGGGCCCCGCCCGGGGGCAGGAUGCCACCCCCAGGUCGGGCCAUGUUUGGUCGUGGAAGAGGGGCUUUUGGAGCUCGAGGACGUGGCGGUGGGCGGGGACGCGGCCGAGGAGAGUGCCCUCGCUCGCCAGGACUGACCAAGGAGCAGCUGGACGCCGAACUGGAUGCAUACAUGUCGCAAACCAAGGCGGCCCUGGAUGCUGAAUUGGAUGCCUACAUGGCAGAGGCGGCUCCUGAGACCUGUGACUGAAGCCCGCCUCUUGGACUCUUGUACAAGUCACCACAUCUCUGCCAAAAUCACCAGGAGGAAACAGGAGGAGAAACCGGACAGCUGCUGGGAGGAACUGUCACAACUGGCGCGUUUCUUUGAUGUAAUGCUUGACAGUACAUGUUGUAUACGCUCACAAUAAAUGGUUUUUCUUGCAUUUUGGUUGUGGACUACUUUUGUUAUCUCCUCCCCCUAAAAAAUGAAAAUAUGUUGGUUGGGGUGUGG